AUGGAGGAUACCAACCAAACUGGGCCCAUCCACUUCCACUUCCGCCCCUUCUCCAAACUCCCUGAGGUGCAGGCGUUGAUUUUUGUGAUCUUCCUGGUUCUGUACGUGGUCAGCAUCAGCGGCAACGUGUCCAUUUUCCUCCUCAUCUGGGCCAGUCGUGGUCUGCACACCCCCAUGUACUUCUUCCUGGCAAACCUGGCCGCUCUGGAGGUCUCCUACUCUUCCACCAUUGCCCCGCUGACUCUGGCGAGUGUCCUGGCCUCAGAGAGCACCCUCAUCUCCCUGCCGGGCUGUGGAGCCCAGAUGUUCUUCUUCAUCUUCCUGGGCAGUGCUGACUGCAUUCUGCUGGCGGUCAUGGCGUAUGACCGGUUUGUGGCCAUCUGCCAUCCCUUGCGUUACAGCGUCAUCAUGAGCUGGGGGCUGUGUGUGCGCCUGGCUCUGGGGUCCCUAUUGCUGGGCUUCAUCUUGGCCAUGCAGUUGACUGUGCUCAUCUUCCAGUUGCCCUUCUGCAGCAGCAAGGAGAUCAGCCUGUUCUACUGUGAUGUGCUCCCUGUCCUGCGGCUGGCCUGUGCUGACACGCGUGUGCAUGAGGCCACUCUGUUUGUGGUCAGUGUCAUUGUCCUCACCAUCCCCUUCCUGCUCAUCUCUCUGUCCUAUGUGUUCAUCGUGUCUGCCGUUCUGAAGAUCCGUUCUGCUGAGGGGAGGCACAAGGCCUUUUCCACCUGUUCUUCCCACCUGACUGUGGUGCUCCUCCAGUAUGGAUGUACGAGCCUCAUUUACUUAUGUCCCAGCUCCAGCUACUCUCCCCAGAGGGGCCGGGUAGUGUCUGUGGUGUAUACAUUCAUCACUCCAGUGCUGAACCCCUUGAUCUACAGCAUGAGGAAUAGAGAACUUAAGGAUGCUUUGAAGAGCACAAUGAUGAGGUUCCUGCUGUUCUAA